ACGAUCAACUGAAAGAGAACCUAACGUCAGAAUUGUUAUGUCAAAAUUUGCGGGCAGUUCUUCUGGAUGUUCGAGAUUUUUCAAAAAAUGGAUAUUUUAAGGAUUUUUAGGAUGCAGGAACCCGUCUCCAAGGAGUUGUUAUCAAAGAAUACAGAACUGGGACAGUAUAAAGAGGUCGUUCAAGAGAAAGACGUUCUUAUAAAGAACAACAAGGCUAAAAUAAAAGAGUUGGAAAAUGAAAUAACAGAGCUGAAGUUGAAAAACGAGGCACUAGAAGCGAGACUGAAGACUGGAAACUUGGACGAAAAUGGUUUUCAGUCAGUCAUGGUCAAAUACGAUGAAUUCCUGAACCAAGUCUGGACAGAGAGGCAAGACUUAAUUGACAAGAAUACCAUACUGGAUACGUACGUAAAAAACCUCGAAUCUUCGUUUAACGAAUUACUAGAAAAGUUUGGCAAAGCCAAGGUUGUUAUCGAAGGCUUGAUAGAAAACCAGGACGUCCUAAAAAACGAACUGAAAGAGUACCAAAAAGUCAUCGAAACCUUAGAAAACAAAUACAAGUGUUUGAAGGUUCAUUCGGAAUCAAAGAUAGCGGAAGCGAACGAGGAGAUAGAAAACAAGGAGAAGGGGAACGUCCAGGAAGUGGCGAAGCUGAAAGCGAAAAUUCUGCAGAGUCAGGCAAAAAUAAAUGAACUCGAGAAACACGUCAAGUUUGAGGAUAUUCGUCCAAAACAGUCCAUGUUUGCGCCUCUCAAAAGCAACUUAUCCAAAGUUUAGUCGCGUUCGAUAGGUAGAAUAAAUAUUCUCAAUUUCUGACCAACAA